AUGGCCAGGUUUAUCAAGAUGGUGGAGAUGAAAUUACUAUAUAUUUUAGUUAUCAGUGUAUUGGUACAGCCAGUAACAACACUAUAUUCACUGACUAGACUUGGCUACCUCAAACUACCAUCCUAUGAUCCAGUAACUAAUAAUGAAGUAUAUAAACUAUUUGGUGGAACUGCUGAAGAAAGUGCUUAUGACCCAAAUGAUCAAAUUAUAUAUGUUGUUGGUGAAGAUUCCUAUGUUCUUCAUAUAGUAGAUAUGGAGAAUCCAAGAGCUCCUAAAAUAUUGAUGGAACAUAGAUUUUUACAGACUGAUGGUAAACCAAGAGAUGUAGAGGUCUGUAAUGGACGAGUAGCUGUAUCUCUAUCAUCACCAGUAGAAGUUUAUGAUGGUCAUGUUAAAUUCUUUACAACCUAUGAUAGAACAACUCAAACAUUUUCUUAUCAAAGUCAGCUACCAGUUGGUGUUCAUCCUGACAAUAUAGAAUUUACCAAUAAUUGUGCCAAACUUGUAGUGGCUAAUGAAGGUGUUCAUGGUAAAGAUCCAUUUAAUAGAUUUUCUGAUCCUGAAGGUUCUAUAAGUAUCAUAACUAUACCAACUACUGGUAGUCCAACAGAACGUAUAGCUGGUUUUAAUCAAUUUAAUUCUAGAACUGAUAUUCGACAUGUUUCAAGUUUUGCACCUAAUAAUGAUAUAAUGACUGCUACAUUAGCUCAAGAUAUAGAACCUGAAUAUAUCUCUAUUUCAUCUGAUGGUAAAAUAGCUUUUGUUACCCUUCAGGAAAAUAAUGCUAUAGCUCAAGUGGACCUAAAUAGUGGUGUAGUUAUAAAUAUUAAUAGUUUAGGAUCUAAAGAUUGGUCUGAUUUACAACUAGAUACUAGUGAUAGAGAUGGAGGUGUACAUCUGAGAUCCUAUCCUAUACAUGGUUUAUAUCAACCUGAUGUUAUUAAACAAUUUAAAGUUGGUAAAAAGACAUAUCUUGUAACAGCUAAUGAAGGUGCUGUUAGACAGUAUACUAAAGAAGUGGAUGGUUUAAUAUGGAGUGAUGGUGUUUUGGCUGAUGAACUUGGUAGAGGUAACUUGUUGAAUGAAAUUGCUAUAAAUAAUGCUACAUUUGUAAAUGAACUCAAAACAGACAGUAGAUUGGGAAGAUUAAGGGUAUCAAGAAUUGAUGGUACAACACUCUAUGGUUUACAGAAGAUCUAUACCUAUGGUGGUCGUGGCUUUAGUAUAUGGGAAGCUGGUAGUUACGGUUCACCAGUUUAUGAUAGUGGAGAUGAGAUAGAAAAGAAGAAUGCUGCAUCAUUAAAAACUAUAUUUAAUACAGAUUGUGCUGCCUGGACCAACCAGUCUCCAGAAACUUUACGUGAUUCAACUUCAGAUAACAUGGGACCCAAGUUAAACGCUAUGGAUGUAAAAAGUUCUAAUGGGACAUUAUUUAUGGCUGUGGGAAGUGAAACUAUGGGUUCUGUUUAUCUAUAUGUUGUAGAUAAAUCAUCAAUUACAGCUGAAUUACAAACUAUUAAAUAUGAUGGGGGUACUGGAGAUUUGUGGAGUGAUUUAUAUGAUAAUAAUAUGGCAGGCAAUGCUUACAUCUCUGACAUUAGAAUUAUACCAAUGAGUCAAAGUCCUACCAACCAGACAUUACUAUAUGUAUUAGGUGGAGGUUCAGGAUCUAUAGCUAUAUAUCAAUUCUCAUACAGACCAUAA